AUGGAGCCCAAGGAUAUAGAGGCGUCCAUAUCAGCGUUGACAGUGUCACCCUCACUCGACACGCCAGACCCAGCCCUAUCGCUUGCCCGCGAGUUCCAUCGAGCGCCAACAUUUGGCUCGACCUCGGGUGAUCCCCGCACGAGAAUCCCUGUUGACUUCCGCACUCUCAGCAUCCAUGUAACGGAAACCCAAGAAGCCAAAGAAGGUGCCAGACAAGGCGCGGUAAAAGAGCUUGCUGAGGUUACCUGGCACACAUUAUCGACCCAAGAUGUUUGCAACCGUCUUGGGGUUUCGGUUGCCGUUGGCCUUGAUGCACCUAUUGCUGCUCGUCGACUUGCUACGAACGGAAAGAAUGUCAUAUCGCGCCCACCAAGAAACCUUGCUCGCAAAAUCUUCUUCUACAUUUUCGGAGGCUUCGGUAGUCUGCUUUUCCUUGCAAGCAUCAUCUGCUUCAUCGCAUGGCGACCACUGGGAGAUCCCCACCCCUUUGCACCAAACUUGGCCCUUGCGGUCGUGCUACUCAUUGUGAUCGUCAUCCAGGCAGUUUUUAAUGCAUGGCAAGAUUGGUCUACGAGCAAUGUGAUGGCCUCAAUCGCAGGACUGCUACCAACUGAAAUACUGGUUAUGCGUAACGGAGAAAAAUUCAAGUUACCAGCGGCUGACCUCGUUUCUGGAGAUAUUGUCACGAUUACUCUCGGCUCCAAGGUUCCUGCUGACCUUCGCCUUGUCCAAGUCUCUCCUGACCUUCGCUUUGAUCGAUCCAUCCUCACGGGCGAGAGUAAUGAAAUCGCUGGCUCUGUUGACUGCACCGAUCACAAUUUCCUCGAGUCUCGUAACAUUGCGCUGCAAGGUACCCUCUGCACUAGUGGAAGUGGAAUAGGUGUUGCUGUCGCUCUCGGUGACAAUACGGUCUUCGGUCGCAUCACCAAACAAGCAGGAAGCGAACGCCCUGUUAGGACGACUCUCGAAGCGGAGAUCAUUCGUUUUGUUCUUAUCAUCGCGUCUUUGGCAUUGACGGUGGCUAUCAUUAUUGUUAUUUUAUGGGCCGCCUGGCUCCGUCGUGAUUACCCUGGCUUCAUCAAUGUGCCCACUCUCCUUAUCGACUGUGUUUCCGUAGCCGUUGCGUUUAUUCCUGAGGGACUUCCUGUUUGCGUUACACUUUCAUUGACUGUCAUCGCUGGCGCUAUGCGGUCCAGCUCCAUUCUUUGCAAAUCCCUCGCCACUGUCGAGUCUCUCGGCUCUGUCAACUUCAUUGCCUCCGAUAAAACCGGCACUCUUACGCAGAAUAGGAUGACAGUGGUUAAUGUCGCUGUUGGCGAAGCAACAUAUAAAGUUGCGGACGUCAGAGUCAAGUUAUCGCACCCUGAAGCGAAUGACGACGCGCCAGCGGUGGCUUUGCGGGAACUUGUGGCUCUUGCGAGCCUCUGUAAUGAUGCUGUCUUCGCACUAUCAAAAAUUGAAGAAGCCCUGCAGGAUCGUAAGGUCAACGGUGACGCCACAGACGCGGGAUUAUUACGCUUCUCGGAGAGUAUUUCUUCAACUGAGGACUCGCGUGCGAGCUGGAAAGAGGUCGGAAAGAUUGCGUUUAAUUCCAAGAACAAGUUUGCUUUGAAACUCUUCUCUCGAAGUGCAGCCCCAGAUGCACACUUUCGGUCAAUUCUUCCUGGUCAUCAUAUGCUUGCAGUCAAAGGAGCUCCUGACGUGCUCAUCCGUCGCUGCAAUGCAUAUGUCAAUUCCGAUGGUCUUACUUUCCCUUUGGACGACAACGCUAUCGCCAAGAUUUCCACUAUUCAAGAAUCAUUUGCCGCUCAAGGUCAACGAGUACUCAUGCUCGCCAAGAAGUCGUUGGCCUACGAAACGUUGCAGGAGAGCAACAGCGAUCUCGAAAACCUUCUGAUGGCCGCCAAUGUCGACUUAACAAUUGUUGGCUUGGUGGCGUUAGUGGACCCUCCCCGGCCUGACACAGCCGAGACCGUCCGGGUUUGUAGACGGGCUGGUAUUCGAUUCGCUAUGGUCACCGGCGACUUUUCUCUUACUGCUGCUGCGAUUGCACGUCAAGUUGGCAUUAUUACGACUCCGGAAGCCGACAUCAAAGGGCUUUCAGACCUUGAUCGCGAUGUUCCGCUCGCCACCAUCCCCGACUUUGAUGAUGACAAGGCUGAAGAUGCCGUUCUCUCUAGCAUCGUUCUCAGUGGUGCAGAAAUGAUGACAAUGACCGAAUCACAGUGGAAACAGGUGUUGACGUUCGAUGAGAUUGUCUUUGCGAGAACGACGCCGCAACAGAAACUCCAAAUUGUCCGUACUUUCCAGGCAGGAGGAUGUACAGUCGCUGUCACAGGAGAUGGAGUGAAUGAUGCCCCGGCUCUCAAACAGGCUGAUGUUGGUGUGGCGAUGGCCACCGGCUCAGAAGUUGCAAUGGAAGCUGCCGAUCUCAUCCUAUUGUCCGACAGUUUCUCCACAAUGUUGACGGGAAUCAAAUACGGCCGCCUUUGCUUUGAGAACUUGCGCAAGUCGAUCCUAUAUCUUCUUCCGGCUGGAAGCUUCUCGGAACUGAUGCCUGUGUUGCUCAAUGUUCUCGCGGGAGUGCCCCAGGCUCUGAGCAGCAUCCAGAUGAUCAUUAUUUGCGUUGUCACCGACGUUCUCCCCGCACUUUCGCUGGUUUACGAGCAGCCUGAGGCGGACCUUCUUCUUCGUAAGCCUCGCGAUCGAAAAAAGGACCGUUUGGCCGAUAUCAAGCUGCUUCUGCAUGCGUACUUGUUUAUCGGGGUUCUUGAAUCACUCACUUCAAUGACCGCUGCGUUCUAUUUCGGCUUCCAGCAGAACGGUGUGCCAUUCUCUGCGAUGUUUCGGAAGUAUGGUGGCUACAAUGUUGACCCUGACCUCAUCUCCGAACAAACUGCUCAAGCGCAGUCCUUGUACUUUUUCAACCUGGUCAUCAUGCAGUGGUUCAAUUUGCUUUCAACCCGGACGCGUCGCUUGUCGAUUUUCCAACAGAACCCAAUGGGCUCGCCCGCCACUCGAAACUUACUCCUCUUUCCUGCCAUGCUGGCCGCACUCCUGCUAGCUUGUUUCUUCUCAUAUGUUCCCUGGUUCCAAAGAGUGUUUCUGACUCGCGGCAUCGCCGCCCAAUACUUCUUCCUGCCAAUGGCAUAUGGCGUUGUGCUGCUGUUCUUGGAUGAAACGCGCAAAUGGUGGAAUAGGAAACACCCCAAGUCGUCGUUGGCUUGUAUCGCCUGGUAG